AUGGAGGAAAAGAAGAAAAUCCGUCGAAGUCGUAACGGAUGCCAUACUUGCAAAAGAUCAAAGAUUAAAUGUGAUGAAAACAAACCUACAUGUUCAUACUGUUCUAAAACCAAAGCAAUAUGUGAUUAUUCGCUCAAAUUGACUUGGGGCGGUCGGCCCUUUAAAGAUGCCAAUAAAAGAAAACAACUACCUUCGGUAAAAAAAGAGGUUCAACCAAUGUUGAAUGAUUUCCCUGUUAUGACAUCUACAUCACUAAGUACAUCAAUUACCAACAACUCCAAUACAAAAGGAGAUACCGGAUUAACGUUUAUUUUACAUGAAUUUAACACAGAGUCAAUAAAAUCUCCACUGUCACCUUCUGAAUCAGUUUCUUCACACAUUGACCCACCCGCACCCCACAGAAACGGAAAACGAAAAAUCAUAGAAAUUGAUAGUAUCGCUGACCUGGAAAUAAAGAAAAGAGACACCCAUAUGACAUUAACCGACAUAACCCCAGAAUUGAACAAUGGUAUUGAGAAUUUAACAAAUGCAUUAAUAGACUUUGGUGGCCAACAGUUUCAAUUGCAAAACUCUGAUAUUUUUAGCACAUACAUCCAGAAUCCACAGAGGUACAUGGGGGUUACUCAGUACGGCAGCGAUUCAGAUUCUCUGGCCACGUCAUUUUUGAACAAUUAUUCAGAAGAUAUUUCCCGAAUUGAUAAAUAUUUACCAAACGAUCAAAGCAAUUUGAUAGGUGAUACCUUCCCCAUGCGACUGUUGUAUAGCUCGAUAAAUGAAUCUCCCACACUGGUAGAUAUUUGGGACUCGAUUCCGCCGCUGCUAACACCUUUACCAACAUUACUUCUUAAUGUUCCAUUUUAUCGCAAUCUAAUGCAUUUUUGGGUAACUGUGGCUUCACAAAACUUGGUUCCCGCACCAUCUAGCAUCUACAAAGAUAAUCCUUAUAAAAUUUUACUAACUCAAAUGGCCAUGGAGUACCCUGCCAUCUUAAACACAUUGCUAGCCUUUUCAGCAAAAUUGAGAUCUUCUUUGAUUGGCACAGACGAUACCCCCGAUAUCGUGAUUGACCAAUUGUUAUCAAGGUCUUGUACAGAACUACUACAGUUAUUGAAGGAUGAAUCCAAGGCAACUUCAGAUGAAGCCUUGGCCACAGCCUUGUUGCUUUCUUGUUAUGAAGUUUUCAACUCCAAAGACUUUAGCCGCCACCGUGCUCAUAAUAUCGGGGCAAGACAAAUCAUAAAAGCACGUUCAAACACCCCUCAUAAAAGGGGACCAGAGGCAGGAACAGAAAGUGAUAUGACAUUCUUUUUAAUGAGAUGGUUUGUGUACACAGAUGUCAUUGGGGCUCUUUCUUCAACAACCGAUUCCCACGAUUAUUUGCUAACUUCCAAUGAUUUGAGUACAUACGAGCCGUUGGAGUCCUUGACAAUGUUGCAUGAAAUUGAUAAAAUGGAAGAUGAAACUCAAUAUCCGAAGAAAACCAUUGAUUAUUUGAUGGGAUUCAAUAUAAAGUUUCUUCCACACUUUACCAAGAUCACCAUCCUUGUACGAGAAACAAAUGCACAUUUGGGGAAAACCAAGGCUAGUGCUGCCAACUUGCCUUUGGAAAUUGUUUACAAAGCUCUUGAAGUUAAGGAGGCCCUAAUAGAAACGCAGAGGAAAGACGAAGAGUCCAUCUUACAAAGUCACGAAAAAAUUAUCGAGUUAAAGUCAGGAAAUGGACAACAAUUGUAUGCUGACGACUUGCCACAAGAAACAGUUACCCUUAUUAGAGAGAAUGAUAUUUUACGAUUUACGAAUAAAAUAUUUUGUGACGCUGGGUUAAUACACUUGUAUCGACGAGUUCUUUUGAUCCCUAGAGAAUCAAACCUUGUACAAGAUCUUGCAAAUGGCAUAGGGGAGUUAGCUAAAUUGCAUAUUGAGUCACGAUCUCCCGCUGACAUAUGCUGUAUCUUUUGUUUAUUCACCGCAGGGUGCGAGGUUUUGUGUCCAGAAAUGCAACAGUUUUUUGAACAAAGGUUCCAAAAUUUGGGACAAAUGGGAAAUAUCAAUGCCCGAAAGGGUUUGCAAAUCAUGAAACGGUGUUGGAAAACGAACGAAGAUUGGAUAACUGCGGCUGAAAAAAUUGGUGUUGAUCUAACAUUGUUGUAA